UUCCAUUAAUCAUGGCGCCCACACUGUAUAUGAUGCCUUCUAGCCCCCCAGUACGAGCCGUCCUUAUGACUGCUAAAUCAAUCGGUCUUGAUCUAGAGCUUAAACAAUUAAACUUGCGAAGAGGUGACCAUAAAACUGCCGAAUAUCUUAAGUUAAAUCCCCAACACACCGUUCCCACUUUAGUUGAUGAUGAUGGUUUCGUUCUUUGGGACAGCCACGCAAUUAUAGUUUAUCUUCUUUCAAAGUACGCCAAAAACGAUUCUCUUUAUCCAAAGGACUUGAAAAAGAGAGCCGUCAUAGACCAAAGAAUGCAUUUUGACAGUGGUGUUGCUUUUUCCGUGUUUCUAACAAUUUUGUAUCCAUUAAUCUAUCGUGAGAAGAAAACAAUCACACAAGAAGAUAAGAAUGCAGCUGAGGAAGUUUAUUCCUUUUUAGAAGCUUUUCUAGAAGGAAAACAAUGGAUGACUGGGGAUUCUGUUACGGUUGCUGAUUAUAGUUUGAUAGCCACGAUUAGUUCUCUAAACGUUUUGGUAAAAAUUGAUCCAGUAAAGUACUCAAAGCUAAAUACUUGGGUAAAAAAUGUUGAAAAACUACCGGCUUAUGAGGCGAAUAAAUCAGGACUGGAACAAUUCGUUGGUUAUGUUAACUCAAUAUCAGGAUCGAUCAUGUCUCUAAAACUGUACCACACCUCACUAAGCCCAGCUUGUCGGGCGUCUCUUUUGACAAUUAACGCCUUGGGUAUUGAGGUCGAACUUGUCCCAAUAAAUCUAAACGCACAAGAACAUCUCACUACAGAGUUUCUUCAGCUUAAUCCUUUUCACACCGUGCCGACUCUUCAAGAUGGAUCUUUCAGUCUUUGUGACAGUCAUGCUAUUAAUGCAUAUCUUGUCGAAAACUACGGAACGGAUGAUUCGCUCUACCCUAAAGACUUGCAACAAAAGGCCAUCGUCAACCAAAGGUUGCAUUUUGAUUCAAAUGUACUGAGUGCACGGCUAUCGGCAAUUACGAGCUCCAUUUUAAGAGGCGGUGCCAAAACUGUCGCCAAAGACAAAGCCGAUGCCUUGCUCCAAGGCUUAACCCUAUUGGAGACAAUCCUCGAAACGAAUAAAUUCGUCUGUGGUGACAAAUUGUCCAUUGCUGAUUUCAGUCUAGUUACUACUGUCAGCAGUGCCAAUGCAGUCCUCCCUUUAGCCUCCAACAGGUUUCCGAAAAUUUUUGAGUGGUGGAACCGACUGGAAGCUCUUCCUUACUACAAAGAAGCAAAUCAAGAAGGUCUUAACGCUUUUACUAAGCUCAUUAAAAGUAAAAAUAUUAUGAGACAAAAUUCAACAAGAUAAAUUCUAAGUCUCACAGUCAUGUUUUUUAUUUUACAU